AUGAAUCCAAAUAUUAGACGGACACUACCGCCGUCCGUGAGGAGUCUUCUGACAGACAUCGGUCCAAAGGACGAGUGUCUCAAUGAGGAAGAUGAGGCAUCGGCGGCAGUCUGCAGGGAUGGAAUACUGCUUCCUGGAAGAAGGCAUGAGGAAUUCAUCACUCAGGCUGACGGGAAGAACUCAAAAGUGUGCAUGCUGUGCAACUGCCAACCUGCGUGCUACACUUGCCCUCGGUGCAACUUGCAUUACUGCGGCGUGGCUUGCUACCGCAGCCCGGAUCACACUUUCUGCUCAGAGGAGUUCUACAAAGAGUCCGUCCUUGAGGAGUUGAAGAACAUGGGGGAAACAGACCUAGAGGGCAGGAAAAAAAUGCAGGACAUUUUACUCGGACUGAGACAAAAGGCGCAAUUGACAAACGGAGGAAUGAAAAGCGUAUUAACAGAAAUUGGGAUAGAGCAACAAAACUCAGUGGAGGCAAUGGAUCUCCUGUCCAGAUUGGCUGAACUUCAGGAGUCGGAAGCAGAUCAUGGGGAAGAGAUCGAGGACAUAUUGAGAACACUGGAAGAGCUCGGAGGCCAGGAAGCAGAUGAUGAGUCUUCGGAAAGCGUGGCUCAGAAUCUGUCCGAGCUUGAUCUUGACAAGUUAUCCGAAGAGGAGCUGUGGGCGCUCCUUGACAGCCGGGAGAAGGAGAAGUUUACCGGUCUGUUAAAGGGUGAUGCGCUUGGCGUGUUGAUCCCUGUGUGGAAGCCGUGGUGGGAGGAACAUGACAAAACAGGGAGAGCGCUUGUGGAGGUGCUGGAGGAGGAGGUUCAGAAUCCAGACCAAAAAGUCCAAAAUCCUCAAAGCAAGAAUAAAAUACGUAGCAACGCUGUCUCCGGUGUGCCUGUGAUUUCUGCUAAAAUCCCAAAACUGAGCUCUUUAUGUAGAAACCCAUCUCCUUUGGUCUGCUACGGCAUCAUUAACACUCUUUAUUGCUAUACUUUCACGUUGCAGCUCUUCAAUGGUGAUCCUGAUUCACUCCUGUUCGAGUUCUGUGACAUGAUGCUAACAUUGUCUGAGGCCCUGAGUGCUAGCAAGGUUUUUAAUUCUGUUCAAGAGGCCAUACGCAGUGGAGAGACUCUCAUCUUAGAAGGAGGUUAUCUUAAAUUACAAGAAUCCCGUGGCACAGACUUGGCCGUUGAAGCUGCUGCUCACGUCCUGACGGGUAGAGACAAAGAAGAUGCCACAGGGUAUAUGAUGUCUGCCUUGAGUCAGACUCGUUCGGUGUUCUCCCGAGCUAGAACUGCACUCUCGAAGGAGGGUGAAGAAGGCGCAAAGAGGCAAAAAUACUUUCAGGCCUCCAAGAAGUGUGAAUUCUUUCAAGCUUGGUUGCUGGAUCAUUCACAUCGCUGUCGAGAGCUGGCUUUGGAGAUGUGGAACGAGCACAGUCGACGAGUGGGUGAAAGAAAAAGUAUGGAGAAAAGUAAGAAGCUAGUUGAGGAAAGAUUAAAAAAAGGGAAGAAGAUAAAUAGUACACUGAUCCAGGAAAUAAAUUGA